CAUAGCUAACAUGAUUCAAAACUUCCAUGUUAAAAUCUCCUCUUAGAACAAUAGUGAUAGAGUGGAAUUACAAGAGCAGAGCUUGAGAAUCUCUAGAUAAAUCAUGGCCCCUCCAACUCCAAGAUUAAUAGCUCCAGUCAACCUAAAGCAGCCGCCGUGGCUGCAAGAACCACCGCUCCACAACCGGUGGCACCCGGAGAUACCGCCGGUGGGGGAGGUGAAAACCGGUGAGGUUUUCAGGGUGGAGAUGGUUGAUUGGACCGGAGGAGCAAUUUCAGAUGAUAACCAUGCAGUUGAUGUUAAAACCUUAGACCUGUCAACUGUGCAUUAUCUUAGUGGACCUAUUAGCGUGGUCGACACGGAAGGGAAUCCGGCCAAGCCAGGUGAUCUUCUAGCUGUCGAAAUAUGCAAUUUGGGCCCUCUACCGGGAGAUGAAUGGGGUUUUACAGCAAUCUUCGACAGGGAAAACGGUGGUGGAUUUCUUACGGACCAUUUCCCUCGUGCAACGAAAGCUAUAUGGUAUUUUGAAGGAAUAUAUGCCUAUUCUCCUCAUAUACCUGGGGUGAGAUUUCCGGGCUUGACACACCCUGGAAUAGUUGGAACUGCACCUUCAAUGGAAUUGCUGAAUAUAUGGAACGAGAGGGAAAGGGAACUCGAAGAAACCGGUCUUCAGUCUCUAAAACUAUGUGAGGUGUUGCAUUCACGUCCGCUUGCAAACCUCCCGUCGACAAAGGGCUGCGUUCUUGGCAAGAUUAAGGAAGGAACUCCAGAGUGGGAAAGAAUAGCCAGGGAGGCGGCAAGGACGAUUCCUGGAAGAGAAAAUGGAGGAAACUGCGACAUCAAGAACCUCAGCCGAGGUUCAAAAGUGUACCUGCCGGUGUUUGUGGACGGAGCGAAUCUUAGUACCGGGGAUAUGCAUUUCUCACAAGGUGACGGUGAAGUGGCGUUUUGUGGGGCGAUCGAGAUGAGUGGUUUUCUGGAGCUCAAGUGCGAAAUCAUUAGGGACGGCAUGAAGAAGUACUUGACGCCAAUGGGGCCGACUCCAUUACACGUGAAUCCGAUCUUUGAGAUCGGGCCUGUCGAGCCAAGAUUCUCAGAAUGGUUAGUUUUUGAGGGCAUUAGCGUCGAUGAGAGUGGACGACAACAUUAUCUUGAUGCUAGUGUUGCUUACAAGCGUGCGGUGCUCAAUGCUAUCGACUAUAUUUCCAGAUUCGGGUACUCUAAGGAACAGGUCUACCUUCUCCUCUCAUGCUGCCCUUGCGAAGGAAGGAUUUCAGGCAUAGUGGACGCCCCAAACGCGGUUGCCACCCUUGCAAUUCCAGUGGCUAUAUUCGAUCAGGAUAUUCGUCCCAAAACUACCACCGUGCCCACCGGCCCCAGGCUCGUGAGGAAUCCAGGUCUCCCACAGUGCACUUACGAUGGAAACUUGCCGACGACUAGAAAUCCAUGUGCUACAACCUGACUGAAAUGGCAAGCAAGCAGGCCGGGGCAUAAAUAUGUAGUUAGCAAUAAAUGGAAACUCGUAGUAGAAUAUGCAGAAUGAUGUGCCUGAUUUUCUGUAAUUAAAUGCAUAUGAUGACAUGGAAUGUGUUCGGUCAGUAUCUCAACAGGAAACUCUGUUCAGGAAUCAGCAGUAUUAAUCCUGCAAAAUAUAAUGGGGAAAUCGUAUUUUUUGUCCUAUA